AUGAAGUUCCAGCUUGCGCUUGCCCUGGCGGCCGCGCCUAUAGUAUCCGCUCACUAUUUCUUCCCCAAUUUCAUUGCCAACGGCAACUUCACCGAGUAUUUCGAAUACGUACGCGAGGAUACCCAGGGCUACAUGCCUUACAAGGGCGGCUACGACAGCACUGACUUCCGCUGCAAUGUUGGUUCACAGGAGUUUGCCAGCAAGACCGACGUCUACAAGGUCAAGGCCGGCGACACCAUUGGCUUCGGCACCGAUUUUGGCGCGUUGAUCGAGCAUCCCGGACCGAUGCAGGUCUACCUAUCCAAGGCGCCUGGGGACGUGAGCGACUAUGACGGGUCCGGCGACUGGUUCAAAAUAUAUGAGUUAGGCCCGACAUCGUUCGGCAGUGAUGGCAUCGAAUGGGGAGUUACAGGUAGAUCAAACUUCACUUUCACCCUGCCCAAGGAGACCCCUGCCGGUCAAUACUUGGUUCGCAUCGAGCAUAUUGCCCUACAUGGUGCCGGUGAGUGGGGUGGCGCGGAGCUCUACUUCAACUGCGCGCAGAUCGAAGUCGAGAGCGAUAGCACCGCUAUUCCCCAACCCGUUGUCAAGAUCCCGGGAGUUUAUGAUGGCUAUGAACCUGGUAUUCUCUUCUACAUGUAUCGCCCUUAUUGGACCAACUACACCAUGCCCGGGCCUCGCGUAUGGCCGGACGGUGGCUCGAAUGUGGUCAAGGCUGAUGGGGUUUCUGUCGCCCCGUCAGGCUCCUGGUCUGCAUCGGCUGUGACUGCCACUAACCGACGACAUCUUCAACGCCCGAGCCCAGCCUCCCGGCCAGCAGUCCUCUUACCUCCCCAACUUCCUGCAACCUUGAACCGGUUUACGUGA